AUGUGCCGUGAUGCUGGUUUACCAGUAACGGGUAACAAAAAUCAACUAAUUGAACGGUUGAUGGACAACAAUGUAUCCGAAAGCGAAAGUGAUACUCAAAGUGUUGUAAUGCAGCGGUUAUCGUCUUUAGAAAAAACUAUUUCGGACUUAGUGCUACAACAAAAACAAAAUACAACGACAUCAAAUAAUUUUGUACCACCAAUAUCGUCUUCACCGGUAAAUGUUAUUGGUAAUAUGGAAAAGUCCGCUCCAACCGUAACGAGUACAUAUACCGUGAUGCAUCCACAAGUAUUACCGAACGCAUACAAUAGUCAACAUUCGCUGUGGACAACCGCUCAAGAGCCCAGCAAUGUUAAUUUCCCCGAAUUUUCUCAAUCGGGACACGUCGCGUUUGUGCCGCAAUCAAAUGCAUAUGUUUCGCACGCUUGUAUGCAAGCACCACCGACUUUCGCCCCACCGACAUUUGUGCCACCAGUGACAUCCGCGCCGUAUGCAACGUACCAGAAUCCGUCAGUACCGUACACAUUGGAUUACGUUCGCGCACCGCCGGUAGUACCGAAUUAUCACAAUCCAUACGAGAAUGUGCGCGAUAUUGUUGAACUUUUACCCGUUUUUGACCCAUCGUCCGAUCGUUCGUUAACAUCAAAACAAUUCGUAAAACGCGUUGAAAAUCUGAGAAGUGUAUAUGGGUGGAGAGAAAACACACUUUUGUUUGCCGUACAGCAAAAGAUGCGGGGAUCAGCAAAAUAUUGGGUUGAUUCUCUGCAAGACGUGUUUAUUUCGUGGGCAGAAUUCGUUCAUAAAUUUCUGCUAAACUUUCCGUGCAUCGAAAAUGAAGCCGAUGUGCAUCUUAAGAUGGCACAAACGAAGCGGCAAAACAAUGAGUCCGCUCAAGAGUUUUAUUACCGCAUGCUUGCCUUAGGUUCAAAAGGUGGGUUAUCCGACUCGAGUAUUGCGCGCCAUAUUAUAAACGGCAUUAAUGAUUCAGACUUACGUAAGAAAAUUUCUAAUAACUAUACGCAUUGUCAAGAUUUACUAAGUGACAUUAUAAACUUUAAUAUUUAUAACGAAGUGAAAACCGCGCCACCUAAAAUGGUAUUCAAAACAAACGCGUCGAUAGAAAAACCGCCGAAUCGAAAGUUUGCGGUUACAGAAAAUCAAAAGCCACAAACACCUUUACCACUCGAAAAAGUUAAGUGCUAUAACUGUUUUCAAUUUGGACAUUAUUCCGUAAAUUGUGCCGAGCCACAACGGAAGUCGCGCUGUGAAAAGUGCCAACGCACAACGCAUAAAACCGCAGACUGUUAUCUCAAAACUGAAAACCGCAUUAAUAUAAUUGAUCAGCGCGCAUGUGAUGAUAAAAUAGUUAAAACAAUCAAAGUGAAUGGUAUAGAAACUCUAGCAUUUGUGGACCCUGGUAGUAGUCGUACACUUAUUCGUAAAACAUUCGCGCGUAAAAUUGGAGACGUGCGUGAGCAACUCACAAUAUUGAAAGGGUUCGCGGGCGGACAAUAUGCUAGUACCAAAAUUGUAAGUGCGAUAAUAGAAAUUGACGGUAAUAAUAAUCCAACUAUUAUGCCUGUCAUUGACGAUGAUUUCUUGUGUGAAUCCGUAUUGUUAGGACGAGACGUAUUGUGCCGCGCGGGUAAUCGCUUGGUUAUUGAACAAGAUCAGUGCCGCAUAGAAGACAUAAAUAAAAUUGACGUUACAAAUGAUUUAAGUGUAAUUGAUCGCCAGAGCUUGCAACAACUACUAACACAACACGCUGAUGUUUUUGCAAGAAAUUUAUCUGAAAUUGGUAAGUGUGAUGUUGCAAAAAUGAGUAUCGAAUUAAACAUCAACAUACCAAUUUGCCUUAAGCCGUACCGUAUUCCGUUCGCUAAACGCGCGAUCGUUUCCGAAAUCGUAUCUGAAUUAUUGAGCAACAAUAUAAUUCGACCGAGUGAGUCAUCUUACGCCGCGCCAGUUGUUCUCGUCGAAAAGAAGAAUGGCGAGCAUCGCUUAUGUGUGGACUACCGCAGUCUAAACAAAGUUACUAUAAAAAGACCUUAUCCCAUGCCGAUCAUGGAAGAACAGUUCGCGCAACUUGCCGGAAAUAAUUUUUUUACAACGCUUGAUCUACGUACCGGGUAUCAUCAAAUUGAAAUAGAUGAAUCCUCAAAAAAAUAUACCGCUUUCGUAACUACUGACGGCCACUACGAAUACAACCGCAUGCCGUUCGGUCUGGUAAACGCGCCCGCUGUGUUCCAAUGUAUGAUGGAUAAAAUUAUUGCACAAAUGCCGCGCGGUGAUGUGUUAGCAUAUUUGGAUGACGUUAUUAUUCCAAGUAAAACUAUUGACGAAGGACUUAAGCGACUCGAAAAAUUUAUAAAAAUAUUAAAACGUUAUGGACUUACAUUGCGCAUGGACAAAUGUAAAUUUCUUAAAAAUGAAAUUGAGCAUUUGGGCCAUGUAAUUAAUAGAAACGGUAUAACGCCGGGUAAACGUAAAGUAGCCGCGAUCGCAGAUUUUCCGCCGCCUAAAAACGUCACAGAGGUCCGAAGAUUUCUGGGUCUUACUGGAUUUUUCCGAAAAUUCGUCCCUAACUAUUCGAUUAUAGUCAAACCAAUAACGCAGCUGCUACGUAAAGAAGAACAACAAAAGUUUGUGUGGGGCGAAGCGCAGCAACGAUCGUUUACUGAGUUAAUACAAAAACUGUGCAAUGAACCACUUCUUGCGCUCUACGAUUCGUCCGCUCAGCAUGAGGUGCAUACCGAUGCGUCUAGUGUUGGGCUGGCAGGAGUUAUGCUGCAAUCAUCUGAUGGCAAAAAGUGGCAACCAGUGUUCUAUUAUAGCCGACAUUGCACUGACGCAGAAAGUCGCUACCAUAGCUACGCGCUAGAAGCGCUCGCCGCUGUCGAAACACUGGACCGCUUCCGCAUAUAUUUACUCGGAAAACCGUUCCGCCUCGUAACCGAUUGCUCCGCGCUCGCAAAAAUUUAA